AGGAUUCGUUUGGACAAAAUGACAACCUUAACUUGCCCAGUGGGGCUGUCUCUGGAGUGCUUUGUGUGCGCCAAGAAUAAGGUGCGCGCUGUGCAAGCAAUGCGAUCUGGCGCCAAAAAUUCGACAUCGGUAAAAAAUAAGAGACUGCUCGAAAAAGAAUUCAUGACCCCCGAAGUUGUUUGCAAGGGCUGCAAGGUGCAGCGGUAUUGCAGCUUGACCCAUCUCCUGGAGGACCGCGCGGAACACGUAGACCUGUGCCGGGUGCUAAGAGAUCUUUUAACUUUGCAAAAGCUGGAGCACCCGCUACUGCAGCAUGGCGUGAUCUCGAGCCCAGAUCAGUUACAAAUGGUCAUCUCCCAGCUGAAACUUGUCCUCCGUGUCAAGCUCCGGCGUCCUCUUACUCCGCGGGAGCAUCAUGUAAUCAGCAAUCCAGGCAUAUGUGAGGUGUGCUUUAAAACCGGAGCGCCCCUAAAAGUCUGCAAGGAUUGUGCAGGAGUCGCCUAUUGUUGCGAGGACCACCGUCACCAGGACGCGAAAAAGCACAGUCCCAAAGAGUGCCGAACUCUAGCCCUGAUCUCCAGUCCAUUCCGGCAAUUUGACUGUUUAUUAAACCUAAAAAGCUUCCACCAGUGCGUUGACUUGAGCAGGAGUCACCUGAUUGAUGCCUUCUUCAAAGCCACGACCCUGAGGAUUGAUGAUAAUCCCCAGAACAUUGCGGCUUGCUCCUCCUUCAGCGGAAUUGCCAGCACGUGUCUGGCUUUAACGAAUAUUUCCUGGAUCUCAUAUGAGUAUAGCGCCGUUAUCGUUUACGUGGUGGGAGCCACUGAGGAGCAUCUGCGGUACUUUCAGGAGAUGCACCUGAGAUUCUUCUUUCUGCAGUACCAAAGCAUACAAAAUUUGGAUUUGUACUUCAUUGGACCCAAUCUUCUGCCUAGAGAGUCUUCCUCCAAGAAGGUCUUUCGAUUUCGGGGCCUGUUGCGGACCGUGGUAAAGCAUUUCUUCUCUGAGACCUUCACCACCUUCGCGGAAACUAUGAAGGUAGAUCCCACAGUGAUCCUCUUGCUGGAACCCGAUUUUAUCCACAUGGGUACGGCCACGGAGCAACUAGUCAGCCAAUUGGUAGGACAAAAGAACGGAGGCGCAGUGGAUUUCGAUUGGCAGAGUUGCCUGGGAACUCUCCUUCGGACAUAUGGCGUUCCAAUUUGCUACACGUCUCCCACAAGGUUCCAGGCCAUGGCAGACUUUACUGCCUUCCACAUAAUAGCUUUAAUUAACAAUGUAACUAUAGAACGAGUGUACAACAUAACCGAGAAUCCAUAUCGGGAAAUAUUGCCACUGUACAAUUUCUCGGACUUGCACAAUGAGAGGAUCAUCUAUGCCAACAACUACCUGGAGGUGAUCUUCUCGAGUAUAAAAAGGGUAUAGUAUUUGUUUCCAG